AUGAGGAAAAAGGUUAGAUAUUAUGAGAAUAAUGAUGGCUCUAGUGUCAUGUCUGGAACAGCUGAGAAUGUCUCAAUUCCUUUCAAAAAUGUGCAUGGACUGUCAUGGAUAUACCCGGGUAUUAACCGUACCCGAUCCACGGAUUUUCCCACCCACGGAUCAGAUAAGGCACAGUACGGAUAUAUCCAGAGUGUUGGGGGCACAAUGCAUCACAUUCCCGACUGCAACUUUCAUGAAUGGGUUCUGAUUUCUGCUCAGCCCCAGCUACUUCUGUGGAUGCAGAGUGGGCAUUCUCCACUGGUCACAAUCAGAUCAAUUUCACCCAGCACAAUAUCAACUUUCAAACAUUCAGAGCAGAAAUGGCUCUUAGAUUCUUGA